UGCUCGGCGCUUCUUCUUUUUUUUUCUCCUCCGGAUUGAGGAUGGAGGAGUCGGGGCAUUAGCGGCUCUUCUCCAGUCGGUCUUCGCGGAAGGAGAGACAGCGGCUCGCCCGACCACGAACCCGCAGCCGGGACGUUUUCUCUUCAUGGGACCGAAGCGCCUUUAGGAAUGACUCUGCUGCGCGAGGCUUGAAUCUACCUAGAAACCCCAUGGAGCAGGAUGUGGAGAGCCCGGCCAUCAUCAAAAAGCCUAAGUUGCCAAAGCAGGCCCGGGAGGACCUGCCUAAACAGCUGUCAGAAAAGGAAAUCUCAAAGAGGGUCCAGCGCUACGUCCGGAAAGACGGCAAGUGCAACGUCCACCACGGUAACGUUCGAGAGACGUACCGCUACCUGACGGACAUCUUCACCACGCUAGUCGAUCUCAAAUGGGGGCUCAACCUGUUCAUUUUUGUGCUGGUGUACACCGUGACGUGGCUCUUCUUCGGCUUCAUGUGGUGGCUCAUCGCGUACCUUCGGGGCGACCUGGAGCACUUGGCAGACAACCAGUGGACUCCGUGCGUCAAUAACCUCAACGGGUUCGUUUCAGCCUUUCUGUUCUCCAUCGAGACGGAGACCACCAUCGGCUACGGGUACAGAGUCAUCACGGACAAAUGCCCCGAGGGGAUCCUCCUGCUUCUGAUUCAGUCGGUGCUGGGAUCUAUCGUCAACGCCUUCAUGGUGGGUUGCAUGUUUGUCAAAAUCUCCCAGCCCAAGAAGCGGGCCGAGACGCUGGUGUUCUCCACCAACGCGGUCAUCUCAAUGAGGGACGGGCGGCUGUGCCUGAUGUUCAGAGUCGGAGACCUGCGGAACUCGCACAUCGUGGAGGCCUCCAUCAGGGCCAAGCUUAUAAAGUCCAAGCAGACCAAGGAAGGGGAGUUCAUCCCUUUGAACCAGACGGACAUUAACGUGGGUUACAACACGGGCGACGACAGGCUCUUCCUGGUGUCGCCGCUCAUCAUCUGCCACGAGAUAAACCAGAGCAGCCCCUUCUGGGACAUCUCGCAGGCCCACCUGAGCCGGGACGACCUGGAGAUCGUUGUGAUCCUGGAGGGGAUGGUGGAGGCCACAGGCAUGACGUGCCAGGCCAGGAGCUCGUACGUCAGCAGGGAGAUCAAGUGGGGCUACCGCUUCACUCCGGUCCUGACCCUGGAGGACGGCUUCUACGAGGUGGACUACAACAGCUUCCACGACAUAUACGAAACCAACACGCCGGCCUGCAGCGCCAAAGAGCUGGCCGACAUGACCAACCGCAGCCGCCUGCCGCUCACCUGGUCCCUGGCCAGCAGGCUGAGCCAGCAGGGGCUGCCGGAGGCCGAGCGAGAGGGCCACGAGGCCAAGACCGGCGCGGCCAACCAGGGGAAGGACCGGCAGCCGGAGAGGAACGGCGACAUCGCCAACAUAGAGAGCGAGUCCAAAGUGUGAGAGUUUUAUUGUGUGGCAGCGCGUCCCUUUUUUGGGACGGCGCAAAGACGAAGACCAAAUGAGCACAGCGGGCCGAGUGUUCCUGCACCAACAACUGCCCCCCCCCCCGCCCCGAAAAUAAACAAAACGCCCGCUGGGCUGAAAACCCUCUGCGGGAAGUGCAUGUUUAAUAUAUAACGUGAGGUCCUCCUGAUGAGAUUCCUAUUAUUUUUUCUAAUAAGAUAUUCCUAGGGGCAUUUGCAUACGUACUAUUUUUGUAUAUAAUAUGAAAUGUUUUGGAUUUGUUGCAGUUGUGAAUAUUUUAACAGAUGUUUGAUACUACUUCUUUUAGGUUAGUUCGUUAUGUCCUCUGCCUUACUAUAUGAAUAAAGCUUUCACUAUUUGGUUUCUCAGAUAUAUAUAUCAGCAUGUAUAAAGAUGAUCUGCAGUUUGUGUAUCUUGUAUUGUGUAUAUAGUGUUGUGUUACAAGGAACACUUACGUCUCGAUGGAUGCAAACACUAGUUUAAACCAAUGACAAUGACUUCUCCACAUGAUAAAUGUUUGCUACGGUACUUACUUAUUAUUAUAUUUGCUUUGGAAGCCAUGACUUGCUGUUUGCAGCUGGGUGACUUCAGACAAUGGCCCUUUAAAAACUGCAUCUCGUCACUUUUGCACAUUAGAGGCCUCCGGUGGAGAAAUUUAGUCUGUUUCAGUCUCCUGAAAUCUCUCACGUGUCACCUGACAGUAUCAAAAAUAAAGAAAAUAAUGAAUUGCAUAUCAUGCACUUAAUGCGA